UUGGAGUGAGAGACUCUGGUACUUUGAUUUCCACAACGAUGAACACUGACCUGAAGAUAUAUAAGGCAGGGAGAGAAUCAUGGAGAAUAACAAACAAAAAUAAGACCAGCAGUCCAUCAGACUACUACUCCGCCAUCUCUCUCUCCUUUUUUCUAUUUUCCUCUUUCCUUUCAUGGGCAGGGGGGUUCCAGGUUUUUGUGUGGGCAUAAUUUCGGACCCUAUGACGAGAUCGAUACAGAAUACACGGAUUCCUUCGUCAUGUGCAGCUAUGCGGAUUGGGUGAUUGUGAGUCGUCGGUAAGGAUGAUAAGAAUCGAGGCUUUGAUUAACGUUUCUGUCUUCUGUGUUCAUCCUAUCGUUAGAGGAACGUCUUGGAGCUCUUAUAAUGGCCUCCCACCAGCUGCCUUCUCUUCCUCUGAAAAUGAGUGAAGGAAAAUGCGACAAAUCGAGCAAGUACAUGAUGGAAGCUAGAAGCAAAAGUUACCCAGCACUAUCAUCAUCUGCUUCUGCUCAAGACUUGAGAUGCUUUGAAGUUGAAGAUGAUAAGGAUUAUGAGUCCUCUCCAAGGGGGAUUAUUGAGGGAUGUAUCUGGAUGCGAGAAAACAAACAUGAAAGAAGUAAUGGGUCACAGUUUAUAGUCCCCUCAUCAGAUUCUCGGAUACGUUCACGGUGGCACAGAUUCUUCAAGUUGUGGAAAAGAAAUUCCAUUAAGCGCCUACCUUCCUUCCCGCCUUUUGCUUCAAGGAUGUCAAGAAGAAAAUUCAAAAGCUUGAGAGAAAAUGUAGACACAAGUUUGUGUCCUUUAAAACCUUCAUUGAGAAUUUUCACAUUGGAUGAGCUCAAGUCUGCAACCAACAAUUUCAGUAAAGAAAACAUCAUUGGAAGUGGAGGGUAUGCUGAAGUUUACAAGGGAUGCUUGCCAGAAGGCCAGUUUAUAGCAGUGAAGCGCAUGAAUAGAGGGUCAUUAGAGGACCGUGAAGGAAUUUUUUUAUCUGAAAUUGGAACGAUUGCCCAUGUUGAUCAUCUUAAUACUGCAAAAAUGAUCGGGUAUGGAGUUGAGGGGGGAAUUUAUCUUGUUCUUAAGCUAUCAUCAAAAGGGAGUUUAAGGUCAUUUCUUCGAGGCCCAAGGGAAACACUACAUUGGGAGAAUAGGUACAAAAUCAUUCUAGGGAUAUCAGAUGGCCUGCUUUACCUUCACGAGAACUCUCGAAGAAGGAUUAUUCAUAGAGACAUUAAAGCUGAUAAUAUCCUACUUACAGAAGAUUUUGUGCCAGAGAUAUGUGAUUUUGGCCUAGCAAAAUGGCUUCCCAAGGAAUGGACCCAUCACAAUAUUUCAAAUUUUGAAGGCACUUUUGGUUAUUUUGCUCCGGAAUACUUUAUGCAUGGCAUGGUGGAUGAGAAAACUGACGUCUUUUCUUUUGGAGUACUGCUUUUGGAGAUUAUUACAGGACGGCCAGCAGUUGACGAUUCACAGAAAAGCAUUGUGCUUUGGGCAAAACCUUUGCUUGAUAGUGAUGAGGUGGAGGAACUUGUUGAUCCUGUUCUUGGUAAUAGUUAUGAUAAACAACAGAUGAGUCGAGUGGUUUUGACUGCAUCUCUGUGUGUAGAACAGAAUCCCAUUUUGCGACCGCAGAUGAGCCAGGUUGUGAUCUUACUUAGAGACAAAAGCUCCGACGAAAAUUCUUCAAAAGAGAACAAGAAAUAUGCUCUACAAAGGACCUACUCAGAAGAACUAUUUGAUGCUGAAGAGUAUAACUUGACCAAGUACUUGAAUGAUCUCAAACGACAUCAGCAGCUUGUCCUUGACUUAUGAAACGAAAGCCAACAAGUUAAAUGGUCUAUCUGAAGAAUUUCCAAAGAAUACUAUGUGAUAGCAAUGAACAUGAUGCACAGUUUGCCUUAGAGCAGAUGAUGGCCAAGUAAAUAUGGUCAAAGCAGAAUGUUUCUUCGUAUCACCUAUUUAAAAUCAUCAAUGGGUCAUUACCAAUUUACCAUACAUAGACGUGGUACACAUUGAUCUGACGUAUUUUUGGACCAAAGACUCAGCAUUAGCCCAAAACUGAAAUGACAAGUUAAUAAACAAUAGUCACCAAUUAGUUGAUGACCUGAGGUAAAGUUCUCUCCAAAUCAUGCAUCCAUUUUCUAAAAACACUUUUUAUUUUUUUUCUUUUCAAAUUUGUAGGGGUGAGUAGAAAUAUUACCCCAAUAAUGUUUCAAGUUAGAG